AUGGCUGCGGUGUUUCUCGUAACGCUCUAUGAGUACUCGCCGCUUUUCUACAUUGCGGUGGUCUUUACCUGCUUCAUCGUGACCACCGGCUUGGUGUUGGGAUGGUUUGGUUGGGAUGUUCCAGUAAUUCUGAGAAAUUCAGAAGAAACCCAGUUCAACACAAGAGUUUUCAAAAAGCAAAUGAGACAAGUCAAAAAUCCUUUUGGCUUAGAGAUCACCAAUCCAUCUUCAGCUUCAAUUACAACUGGCAUAACUUUGACAACAGAUUGCCUUGAAGAUAGCCUCCUUACAUGCUACUGGGGGUGCAGUGUUCAAAAAUUAUAUGAAGCUCUGCAGAAGCAUUUUUAUUGCUUCCGAAUAAGCACUCCGCGAGCAUUAGAAGACGCUCUGUAUAGUGAAUAUCUCUAUCAAGAGCAGUAUUUUAUUAAAAAGGACAGCAAAGAAGAAAUAUAUUGCCAGUUACCAAGAGAUACUAAAAUUGAAGACUUUGGUACAGUGCCGAGAUCUCGCUAUCCUUUGGUAGCGCUGUUGACCCUAGCCGAUAAAGAUGACCGAGAAAUUUAUGACAUUAUUUCCAUGGUGUCAGUAAUUCAUAUUCCUGAUAAGACUUAUAAACUCUCCUGUAGGAUAUUAUAUCAAUAUUUACUCCUAGCUCAAGGUCAAUUUCAUGAUCUUAAGCAACUUUUCAUGUCUGCAAAUAAUAAUUCCACUCCCUCCAGCAAUUCUUCUCCAGAAGAAAAAAACACAGACCGAAGUUUGCUAGAAAAGGCAGGACUAUCUGAGAGUGAAGUGGAGCCUCCAGAAGAGAAUAGCAAGGACUGUGUGGUUUGCCAGAAUGGGCCUGUGAACUGGGUGCUCUUGCCGUGUAGACACACGUGCUUGUGUGAUGGCUGUGUUAAGUAUUUUCAGCAGUGCCCAAUGUGUAGGCAGUUCGUUCAGGAAUCUUUUGCACUUUGCAGCCAAAAAGAGCAAGACAAAGACAAACUAAAAAGUCUCUGA